AUGAACGUCCCUAGUGACGUCUCCGUGUCAGUCUCGGUGACCCUUGUCGGACGGCGACGCCGCAUCCUGCAGGCUGCUACAUACGCGAUCGUUGCGACUUUCGAGGCGCAGCGUGAGAGCUCUGCUGCAUCGACGCGAUCGAGCGCGUCUUCCAGUAUCAUGUCGUCACAAGCGGAGCUCGAGGCAGUACUUUCGAGUAGCACAGGGCGCGUUGCUGCCGUGCAGGAGCUGUCGAUGUCAGGUGUCGAGCCUGCUGGGUCUGGGACGUCUGGUUCAGCGGCUUCACCUCCGUCGGGGUCGUCGGGGUCGUCAGGGUCGAGUGGAAUGGUGAUAGUCGCGGCUGCGGGGGCGGUCGGCGGCGUUGUGCUGAUUGUUGUGGGGGCGGUCGGUUUCGUCAUCGUGAGGAGGAGGCGGCGGUCCGCCGAAUCUGAACUGAGGCUCGAGCCAGGAAAUGCGUUGCGGAGCUUGACAGUCGAGUUCGAAACACUGCGGACACGUUCGCGGGCCCGCAGCCCUGGGCAGGGCCCACAAGUGCAAGGCACGCUGCGCGAAAACAUGUGGGUGACCCUCAGAAGCAACAACCCCGGCGCGACGGUCAACGUCACGAGGUCCGACGUGCGAAAGAUCGUCGCGGGAAGACAGGUGGUUGGGUCAGGGUCUUAUGGCACCGUGUACAAGGGCAAGGUUCGGGGGAGGGAUGUUGCGGUCAAGUGCAUCACCGACCUGCAAGGACAGCCGGAUCCGGCCGCGUACAAGAAGGAGGUGGAGGCCCUGCAGCGUCUGCGGCACCCACACAUCCUGGCCAUGUACGCGUCGUUCGAUGAGGAGUGCGCGAUCGUCAGCCCAUUCUACGCCAAGGGCAGUCUCCGGCAGGCACUGCACGACUCGGCGUUCGGGAACGAUCCCCUGCCAUGGCGCACGAGGGUGCGCAUUCUCGCGGAUAUCUCGAGCGCGGUGCUGAGCAUGCACUCGGACCGCCCUGACGACCCAGUCAUCCACAGGGACUUGAAGCCGGCGAACAUUCUGCUGACGGACAACCUUGACGCCGUGGUUGCUGAUCUAGGAUGCGCGAGGAUCAACCAGGGGUCGAUCUUUGAGGGGCCGAAGGGCACAGUGGGCUAUGCCGACCCUGAGUAUGUGCGCCUCGGAGCAUGCAGCCCGAUGGAUACGCACCUGGACGUGUACUCCCUGGGCGUCAUCAUCCUGGAGAUGCUCACGAACAAGGCGGGGUCCCCCGGGGCUGACAGGGAGCGCGGCGCUGUGUUCAACGGAAAGCACAUUCGUGAUGUGGUGUCCGACGCGCUGACGGGGCAACAGUCAGGAGGUGGACUGCGUUCAGGCCUCUUUGAGUUGCUCGACCAUUCUGCCGGCGACUGGGGCGGGCACCAAUGCGUCGAGGUCGCCACAAUGCUGGCAGAGCUCGGGCUGAAGUGCUCUGACCCUGUGGCGAGCCAACGCCCCGAAGUGGCGGACAUCCACCAGCGCCUGCGGCACCUCCUAGCCGCAACCACGCCGAGAUCUCUGCGGGACACGACCUUGACGUCACAAGACGACAUUUUGAGGGCGUUUGAGAACGACGUGAAGGACUUCAUCUGCCCGAUCUCGCUCUUCGUGCCCGAAGACCCCGUCCGAGCCAGCGACGGGCGUGUCUACGAGCGGAACUGCAUCGAGAGCCACUUCAACGCCUGCCGGGGACGAGGACUGCCGCUCACGUCGCCAAUCACUAGGGAGCGCGUGGGACAGGACCUGGUCCCGCAGCCGCAUCGCACGGAGGAGUUUGCGCGCUUCGUCGAGGGCGUCCGAAGCCGCCUGAAUGACGCAGGGAAGCGGCGCCUGCAGGCAGUGCUCGGGAACUAUCAGUAA